CCAUCCAAGGCAAGGUGAAAAGACGUAAUUGCUCGUCAGCGCUCAAGUUAAAAACAUUUCCGUACGCCCAUAAAAGCCAAAACACAGAGCCCGUGCUUAAAAGCAGUGAGCAAAGUUAGCGAAGAAAAAGUUCUGCACACAGACAGACAGACAGACUGCCAAAGACAUCAAAGAGUGCAUCGGUCUCUUAGCCAAAAGUGAAUUUUGGUGUUGAAAUUCUAGUGCAAUCGAAACCAGUUGUUUCCAGUGUUAUUUUCCUCCAGUCAUGGCCACGUCAUUUGCAAACUUUUCGUUUGAGCGACUAUCGCAACAAAUGGGUGCAAAAUUGGAUCCUCGGCUGCGCCAACAUCUGUCCAAAGUGUACGGCUGUUUGGCCGCCACCUGCAGCACGGCCACGGUCGGUUCGCUCAUACACCUGUCCGGCAUCUGGGAGGCCGGCCUGCUGAGUGCGUUCGCGUCCCUCGGACUCAUCCUGGGCAUGGUGUUCACGCCGGACAAUGGUAAAAACUUCGUGCAGCGGUUCAGCAUGCUGAUGGGCAUCGGGCUGUUCACGGGCCAUUCGCUCGGCCUGCUGCUCGAGCAGGUCAUCUACAUGAAUCCGGCGAUCGUCGUGACGGCGCUGGUCGGUACGACGACCAUCUUCGCCUGCCUGACCGCGUCCGCCUUCUUUGCCAAGCGCGGCAAGUACCUGUACCUCGGCGGAAUUCUGAUGAGCGCCCUCAGCACGAUGGCCCUGAUCAACCUUGGCAAUCUUUUCUUCCGCUCGUACAUCGUGCAAGACAUUUCCCUCUACCUCGGGCUGAUCGUGAUGGCCGGGUUCGUCCUGUUCGACACGCACAUGAUCAUGGAGAAGCACCGCCUGGGCAGCAACGAUUUCAUCGGCCACUCGCUGGAUCUGUUCUAUGAUGUGAUUAGCAUUUUCCGCCGCCUGCUUGUGAUUCUUGCCCAGCGGGAGGAUAACAACGAGCGCCGAAAGCGAAAGAGCAACUAAAAACCGCAAACCCCAAAGCUAAAACCACCGAAGAGCAGAGAUAGCGUGUGUGUGUGAGAGAGAGAGAGAGCAAGUGGUCACAAUCUAAAUACCCUCGCUUCUCGGUGGGCCCUCACAGCCUACUUGUUUUUUCCGUUGCUCUAAGUUUGAACAUGGCCAGUUCUUGUUUUUGUUCUUGGCCACCGCAUGCAAUACAAUAUCAUGCCAAGAUGGUUGUGUGCGAUUAGGCACGCAUAUCUUUAUUUACACUCUCUGUUUGGCUUUCCGUUUGUUCAAUGCUAAACAGGUUUAGUUUUGUUGAAAUUCAACCAUGCUUAUGUGAGAAUGGAAUUGCAAUUUGUGUUUCAACAUUUAGGAUGUUGUGGCGAAUGGUUUGUGUUUGUUGCAAUAGAUCUGCAAUAGCUAUCGCACGGCUCGCACGACGAUUCGCAACUGACGCACGGGUUGAUGUCGUUAGGGAAAGUUAGUUAUCAGCACGUGAGCGUCGCGGUUAGUCUUUUUCCGCACCUAGAGAAGCAAAGAUAAGAUCUUAUGAAAUGAUAAAAAAUCCUAAACUGUGUGUGUGUACGUUUUUAUGAAGUACUUUCUAGUACACACUCGUAUUUAAAUGGAAAAAAAAUCACAUUUCACACCUCUUCGUUGUGUGUGGCAGCGUGAUGACACAUUGUUUGUAUUGUGCGCGGGACAAUGGGUAGUACUUACUAUUUCCGGGUAGAAUUGUUGUUGCACACUUUUGCUGAAUUCAAAUAUCUCUUUUUUGGUUUGUUUUGGAAGCCUCUCAUCUAUAAGAAUACAUCACUCUCGUUCAUGCGCCACAAAACUGCACUUUGUCUGUUUGUUUAUUGGAAUUGAAUCGAAUCUUGGAGGUGGGCAGGCAGCGCGUUGAUGCCCACCUUGUGCGAACAAAAAAAAACGAAAAAAAAGCGCUACGAAGAGAUUAGAAACCAUUAUAGAAAAUCGUCGUGUUGUGUGCUCAACGUGUGGGUACCGGGUGGGAGUAUUUGUAACUUUUUCAGCCCCCGGGGCAACCCAAACCCGAACAAUCUGGUGGAUGGUUUUUAACGUAAAUAUUCCGUCAGUGUUGCAUCAUACUAGGUGUGUAAGUUCAUGUUACUCGAUGGAAUCCGCUAAUGGAUGAAUAAAAUAUUUUACUAAUUUAAACACA